CUCUCCUCUCCCUCUCUCUCCCUCUCUCUGUGUCCCACUCUGCUCCGCCGGCUCGUCCAGUGUUUGGAAGCCGAAAACAGAGCACCAUCGCGGGGGUCUGACUGGCUGUCAACCGAGCUCCAGCGGCAGUCAUGGCGGCGCCGUUAGCCCACUUCGAUGAGGACUGGCAGGAUUUUAACGAGUUCAAGCCGUCUUUAGAAACUCCCGACCAGCUGGACCAGCUCAACUCAAAUGUGGCUGACUCCUCGUCGGGCCUAGAUGAUUUCUCCGACCUAGACAACAGUUUUUCCGGCGAGAUCUGCAGCUUCAAAUCGAUGGAGGACCUCGUCCACGACUUUGACGAAAAGCUGACAGUGUGUUUCCGAAACUACAACACUGCAACGGAAAACAUAGCCCCCAUUAAACCCAUCACGGAAGAUAAUUACAUGAAAGACGACGAGGUGUGGAACGCACUGACGGACAACUAUGGCAACGUGAUGCCCGUGGACUGGAAAACAUCGCACACUCGCACCCUACACCUGCCCACCCUAAACCUCAUUGAGCAUGAGAAGUUGGACAACCAGUCUCUGGAUCUGUCGGAUGACGAGGAGCUGAGGGAGCAGAUGGAUAUGCACUCGAUUAUUGUUUCGUGCAUCAACGAUGAGCCACUCUUCACUGCUGAGCAGGUGAUAGAGGAGAUAGAGGAGAUGAUGCAGGAGUCUCCAGACCCAGAGGACGAUGAGAGUCCCUCCCAGUCAGACCUGUCAAUGCUCUCUCAGGACCUCCACGCUCUGAAACGCUCCGGCUCCAACACCAGCUACGAAGACCGUCUGCGUCAGCUCUCUGUGUCUGAGCUGACUGAGACUCUGGAGGAGGUGGAGACAGCCAUCCGCCGCUACAGUGAAGAACUGAUCCAGGCUCUGGCCCUGCGAGACGAACUGGACUAUGAAAAGGAGGUGAAGAACAGCUUCAUCUCGCUGCUGAUCGACGUGCAGAACAGACAGAAGGAGCACCGUGAGCUGCUGCGGAAGAAGAAGAAAAUCCGAAGUACGACUACAACCGGACCCAAUGGCCAGAGGACAGCCAGCACGCACAUACCCGGCACGUACCUGACCACAGUAAUCCCUUAUGAGAAGAAAGCGGGCUCCCCCUCUGUAGAAGACCUCCAGAUCCUCACAAAGAUCCUACAUGCCAUGAGGGAUGACAGCGAGAAGGUGCCUGCCCUGCUAACAGACUACAUUCUCAAAGUUCUUUGUCCCACAUAAAGCCAAAGGAGCCGCUCCUGUUUCCAGAACCUUCCACCAGGAGCAGCAGAAGAAGGUUCUGGUAAUCUGGAAGAACCUGGAUUAAAAAAAAAAAAAAAAUCCAAACUAUCCUCCUUAUUUUUCAACACAUAGACUUUCUUUCCUUACAGCAUUUUUUUUUUACUCUGCCGCAUUGUUGUUCCUCAGAUUUUAACUCUACAUAUAACUGCCUCAUCUUUUCAUUUUUUAUCUUUUUAUUGCUUGAGUGCAACAACCCUGUAAAUCCCAAGUGCAUGACGACUCGUCUAUGAAUGCCAGUAAUCAGUAUUUAUCUAAAUGCCUCACUUCCUGAUCAACCAUUGAUUCUUGAAUGGUGAAGGGGUUAAGAAAUGAGCAGGGUUUUUUUAAUUCCAUGAGCCUGAGUGAGAGAAUUGCAGUCCAGUCGUCUUAUUUAGUAAACACAUUUGCAUCCGUGUACUUCACGCUCGACGAAGAAAACAAAUCUUGUCUGGAUCUCUGCUGCCAGGCCGCUCACGGCAUCAGGCGCUAGUUCUGUUUCUCCUGUAGGGAAAACCUUUGCUUUGCUGGCAUUUGUUUGAAUUGAUUGCAAUACGAUGUGUUGAGGUUCGAAACUCUGCUUUCUGAGGAUCAAAGAGCAAACCUUUUAAUUCUGAACUCCAAACCUGUCUUUGCAUUUUGGUUUUGGGUUUACGCUCAAUAUUAGCAGUUAGUUGAAUGUUGAAUUGAAAUGAAAUAUUUUGUAUACAAUGGCGUGAAAUUGCACAGUUUUUGAGAGCUUUUUACUUUUUAAAAAAAAGGGAAAAAGUGAAAUGACUUAAAGUAAUAGCUGGAUGAACAAACAUAGAACAUAUUUUUGGAUAAGGAGUUUGUUUUUAGUGAGAUUAAGGAGCUGCCAGUCGCCACUUUUUUGACGACAUUGCAACAUCAUCUGUAGAUGCUGUCCAUUGACCUCUGAGCCCUCAAGUAGUGACCCCAUCCCCAACGACUUUAUCACUUCUCCUGGAGCUGUCACGUCUCCUUGUCACAUUAGAAGAUGACUUGGCUCGUCACAUCAGUAGAUAUAUGUGUAGUUUAGCUUCUAAUAUGAGUUGUGGUUUUUCUCUAUCUGCCAACCCUUUAACUGUCAUGUGAUUUUUAGGGAUCUUAUGGUAGCACUUUAGUCUGUCAGUGACCUGGUCAUGUAGUAGUGGAAUAUGUAGUGUAUGUACUUUGGAGUACGUCUCACUAGAUUAGUGUUAGAUGAUGCUUAGAACAUUUAGCCAGUGGUGCAGAAAACAAGAGUUGUUGUCAUGCAUCUUGUUCCAUUUGUUUCUUAUUAGUCAUCACAGGCAUGACAAUCUGUACACAUAGUUGUUUAAACAAGCUUAAAGGGGAAUUCCACUGUUUUUACACACUAUACAAGCAGCUCACAUGUCAUGAGGAGUACAGCACUGCAUGUAAAAACUGGUGUGAUGUUUUCUGUGCAUCUGGAGUCUGAAAAUGGAGGAAAUAACCCUGCUGAUGUCAUCUGGGAUAUCUUGAAUUGGGCUUUAAAUUUAAAACAGAAAGCCUACAUAUGACAAACUCAGAAAGUACUGGGUAGAGGUGGGUGUUUAGUAGGCAGGGAGGGUAAAACAGAAACAUGCUAUCACAUUGCAUUAUAGGAAUUUUAGAAACCAGUGUUGUUGGAGCUUGCCCCAUACACGGAGCUAAUGGUCAGGGUAUCUGAGCUUAUUCAUCAUUGAUUUUGACCCUUUUUUAAAAAAAAAUCAUGUCUCUUUUAAGUCUCCAAAUGCAAUAAUAAAUCAGCAGAGCUCCCCUUUAAAAAACAAACACGUAACACCAAUCUAGCACUACAUGUCUGCCAAGUUGACACACUGAAGUUCAGAUCACCAGCCACUACCAGAUAAGGUCUAGUCUAGCUCUCAGGUACGAUCAUCAGUGUUAGCAGUUUGAAAAUCUUGUUCUCAAAGGUACUUUGAGUCUUGGUUGCUUUCUGACAACAUCUUCGUAGCUGGACUUGAAUUUGCUGCACUUUUAUCUUUUUCACACUCUGGUAAAAUAAGGAAUAAAAUACCUGGACGAACAGAUAGGUCGCCUCUUGACUAAAUCAGGGUAGCAUUACAGUUGUUGAUUUUGACAUGAUUUGUUGAAAUGUAAUUUAAAUGCUCAAAGUCAUAGACUAUGCUUAGUAUUAGUAUUAGUCAUAGUUGUAGUCAUAGUAGUAGGUGUAGCUAAGGAAAGGACCUCUUUAGAGGCUGCAGUUGCAUUUGCUUGUUGUAGCAGUCUGGUGAUGAUGGCUUCGGUGCAGAUUGACAUCUAGAAGCAAACUCGUUAGAAAAUCAGUGGUUAAUAUGGAGGAAUAGGAGAGAAUGUCUUGCUUGUCCUGUUUGAUUACAGGUUGGUUGCAGAUUUAAAGCAUGACUCGUGGCCAGAGAAGAGGGCAUAAGAGGAAGGUGAGGGGUGUGAUAAAGGUUUUGGACGUUGGGGAAGAUUGCACAAAGGGAUACUAAAGUUUGAGGGGUCCAUUUGUUCUUUUGAAAAGGAAGGCAAAAGCUUGUAGUUCUAUAUUUAACUGUUUCUAUGUAACUGUUGUUUCUACUGUUGUCCGCUUUGAAAACAUUCACAACCUAGCAUGUGCUGCAUGCACUUUACUGCUGCAAAUACAUUUCUAAUGAUGAUUAAUUUGUUUACAGACAUAUUACACUAAAGGGACAUUUGCACUUUGCAAUGAAAUACAGAAAAUCUCAAAGCAUCAAAUGAAAACUGUAAAUCAGAUAGAGCAGUAAAGAUCAACAUCAGCAAGCUUGUGACAGUGAAACGUCCCUCACUCAAUAAUAAUCUGAUAUUUCAAAAACUUGAGUGAAAAUGGUUUAUAACACCAUCUGUGUACAUUUUUCUUGUUUUAUAAUGAAAUGGCAGUCAGCACGGAGGUCACUGAAGGAUCUCGUCUCAGGCCAGAGCCUCUUAUCUGGUCGUCUUAGCAGACAUAUCAGUGUAACUACAGUUUAGAGAUUUAUAUUUAUAUAUACAAUUAAACAAGCAAGGGAAAAAUAGAGGCUGCCUUUGUAAAUGCCUGAAAAUUUUGUACAUUUAAACCAACUCCUUUUGUUUUUAAUGCAAUAUAAUUCCCCAGUUUUGGGUUUUAUGUUUACUGUCUCAUGUGGUACUGCAGUAUAUUAACUUAUUAUGUAAAUGUUUCUUUUGUAACCAUAUUAUUGACUGUAAUGGUACAAGUGUUUUGUGCCCGCAUUGCAUUGCAACUCAUUUCAAAUAAAUUAAUAUGUGAAGACUUUAA